UACGCAGAGGCUUGGAAGUUCAAGAUGCUCUCGAAAUUCAAGUUCAGCGAAAAGAACUGCGAGUUAAGUCGGACAAGGUGCAUUACGGGUGUAAUAGUUGGUGCUGUUGAAGGACAGUGAACUCGAGGUAGAAAAUGCUCGGCUAAAUACACACCCGUGUGUAUUUAUCAUGGAGGGGUAAAUUUUACAAUCGCUGAGCAACCAAAUCUGCGAAAGCGAUACAAUGGAAGAAGACCGAGCUGAAGUUGAUUUGGGUAUCGCUGUUGACGUUGAGGAGAGACAGGAAGCAGAAGCACAAAGAUUACCCAAGAGGCGAUUCGUUGGGCGAAGACAAGUAGCAGAAGCAGCAUCGAAUGCUGAAGCGAAUGGAUCAACAGAGAACAGAGGCACAAUUCAAGUCUCGAAAUCGAGAAGAACGCCUCGGACUCUGAAUCAAGUCCCUCCCGAAAUUCUCAACGAUCCAGAAAUCAAUGCCGCCAUCGCUCUCCUUCCUCCGAACUACUCUUUCGAAAUACACAAAACUAUACAUCGAAUAAGGACAAAUGGCUCAAAGAAGGUUGCUCUGCAGAUGCCAGAAGGCUUAUUGCUGUUUGCCACAACAAUUUCGGACAUUCUCACACAAUUUUGCCCUGGUGUCGAGACUCUGAUUAUGGGUGAUGUGACGUACGGAGCGUGCUGUAUUGAUGACUAUACUGCGAGAGCUCUAGGAUGCGAUCUUCUCGUCCACUAUGCGCACUCGUGCCUGAUACCGGUCGAUGUGACUACGAUCAAAACACUAUACGUUUUCGUGGAUAUCAGCAUCGAUACAGCGCAUCUUCUAUCAACACUGGAAAAGAAUUUCUCGACAGGGAAGACUAUCGCCAUGGUUGGGACAAUUCAAUUCAAUGCGACACUACAUGGAGUCAGAGCACCUUUGGAAAAGGCAGGAUACAAUGUUCUGAUACCUCAGAUCUCACCUCUAAGUAAGGGAGAGAUUCUUGGAUGUACGUCGCCAAGACUAGAUUCAACGGACGGCGUGGAUAUUAUUCUCUAUCUUGGUGACGGACGUUUCCAUCUCGAAAGCGCUAUGAUACACAACCCUUCGAUACCUGCCUAUAGAUACGACCCAUAUUCUAGGAAACUUACCCGCGAGAAUUAUGAUCAUAAGGAGAUGCACACAUUGCGGCGAGAAGCUAUUUCUGCUGCUAAAUCAGCAAAGAAAUGGGGGUUGAUCCUGGGAUCACUCGGCCGACAAGGAAAUCCACAUACGAUGUCAAUGAUUGAGCAGAAACUCGAAGGCCAGGGCAUUCCGUAUGUCAACCUGCUGUUGAGUGAGAUCUUCCCGGGAAAACUUGCAAUGAUGGACGAUAUCGAGUGUUGGGUUCAAGUUGCAUGCCCCCGACUGAGCAUAGAUUGGGGCUAUGCUUUUCCCAGGCCUCUCUUGACACCAUACGAGGCUUUGAUUGUUUUAGGUGCCAAUGAAGAUUGGGAUAAGGGGAAUGGCGGAAUUUAUCCGAUGGAUUACUAUGGGAAGGAGGGCCUGGGACGAACGAAGGAUGCAAGGCUCAUCGCGGCUACGGGUUGACACCCCUUCUUUCCGCCUAAAACUUAUUCGCUCGACGAGAAAGCACAACAUUCAGAGCCCCUUCAGAGUAGAAGCCUCUACCCGAGUUGCACUAACUGGAGGUUUGG